AUGAAGGCAUUACGGACAUCAUCCGCCCUAGCACGGCAGACGUGUCGCCGUCAGCAGCCUACCGAGAACUGCGGCCCUUUAUCUGCCCGGGCCACUACAAGCAGACCAUUCUCAACGUCCAGAAGGCAUUUUCAGUCGUCUCCUACCGGCAGCUUGGGAGGCCUGAAAGACAUCUUGAGAGUGUCCGAGGAAGUCACUGACGCAUUGGCUACGAACAAGCCGGUAGUUGCGCUCGAGACAACUAUAUAUACCCAUGGAGCACUAGGCCAUAGCCUCCCGUCUGACCUGGAGAGUGUCAUCAGGCGCCAUGGCGGCGUACCUGCUGCUGUCGGUAUCCUCAAUGGUGUCCCUACAGUUGGGCUCACUCCUGAGGAGAUCGCCCGCAUGGUCGAGGGUGCCCCGAAGAAGGCAUCUCGGCGGGAUCUGGCCUACCUUGUCGGUAUGGGUAUGACGGGGCGAAAGUUCAACGGCGGUACCACUAUUGCAGGCACCAUGGUACUAUCAAGGCUUGCUGGGAUCCGUGUCUUCGGCACUGGCGGUCUCGGUGGUGUCCAUCGAGGUGGCCAUGAAUCAUUUGAUAUCUCCGCCGAUCUGACCGAGCUCGGCAGGACCAGAGUGGCAGUGGUCGCUAGCGGCUGCAAGGGGUUCCUGGACAUUCCGCGGACAUUGGAGUACCUAGAGACUCAAGGUGUGCUCGUCUCGACCUUUGCUGAUGGCAGAACGAAUAACGUGGAAUUCCCGGCAUUCUGGGCGAGGGACAGCGGCGUCAAGAGCCCCUUUGUGGUCAACGACGAGGACCAGGCCGCUGCCAUGAUACUGGCGCAAGAGAGGUUGAAUAUAGAGACGGGCAUGCUAUUCGCCAACCCGAUCCCGGAGGACUUCUCAAUCCCCAGAAGCGAGAUGGACACCAUCAUUGAGCAAGCCGUACUCGAAUCAACCCAGCAGGGCGCGCUCGGCAGCGAGAACACACCCUUCAUCUUGAAGAGGAUCAAAGAGCUCACUGAUGGCAGAAGCGGGCCAGCGAACAUAGCUUUGGUACAUGCAAACGUAGAACGGGCUACCAAUGUGGCCGUUGCGCUUUCCGUGCUUAUCUCAGGAGGUCGUCUAGCUUCUAAUAAACCGGUGAAGCAGUGGGCUGGCUCUGAACCGUUGAAAGCCAGGAGCCGUCCCGUAUAUGAGUCAUCGAAGAAGACUGAGGUCACUUCGCAAGCUGAUAUCCUUGUUGCUGGAUCGGUUGCUGUGGACUUGAGCUGCGACUACGUUGGUGCAGACUCUUAUGAGAAUCCGUCGCCUCACCUCCAUACGUCAAACCCAGCACACAUCGCCCAGUCUAUUGGAGGCGUUGGCCGCAAUGUGGCACUCGCAGCUCAUAGGGUGAGCCAACACACCAACGUUCGAUUAUGCAGUAUCAUCGGCGAUGACCUAGCUGGCUCGACAGUUCUAGCAUCCCUGCGGUCGUGCGGGAUGGACACUUCAUGCAUACGACAGUUGAGCCACGAGAAUUACCCCGGCAGCCGGACCGCGCAAUACGUGUCGGUCAACGAUGCCAACAAGAACCUGGUACUUGCCAUGGCUGAUAUGGCUAUACUCACAUCCCAUGCAUCUCCUGCUUACUGGAACUCGGCUCUGGCGGCGUCAUCGAAGCCUAAAUGGCUUGUUGUCGAUGGAAACUGGACUGCCCGCGACAUCCGAACCUGGAUGCAAGGGGGUAAGCGGAACCAUGCCCAAGUUGCCUUUGAACCAGUGUCAAAGGAAAAAUCAACCCGUCUGUUCAGCGCCGAGAAAGGACUUGCAGGACUCGGGGUCUUCCCCAGCGUCACCGUCGACCUUGCAACACCAAACCAAUUUGAGCUGGCAGCUAUGCAUGCAGCCGCGCAACAAAACGAGUACCUCGACGACUCACGGUGGUGGGAGGUCAUUGAUGCCUUUGGGAUGAGGGGAGCGAGGGAUCGCUUCGUGAAGCUCACAUCCUCUAGCAUGACCGAUGCUGGCAUUCCGCAGCAAGCCGUCCGACUUCUGCCUUAUAUCCCGACAAUCGUCACGAAGAUGGCAAGCCACGGGGCCCUGUUGACGACUAUCCUGAAGAAAGACGACCCACGCUUACACGACACCGCUUCGAAGCCAUUUAUUCUCUCAAGAUGUGCCAAUGAUCAUGCAGAAAUUGGAGGUGUUUAUAUGAGACUGUUCCCACCCGUCGAACAAGUCGAAGACGUAGUGUCCGUGAAUGGGGUUGGCGACACGUUCUUGGGAGUUCUGAUUGCAGGACUUGCUCAGGGGGGAAAGGUGGAGGAUUUGAUCGAUAUUUCCCAGAAAGCUGCGGUCCUGACUCUUCGCAGUCCUCAGUCCGUGGGUGAGAAUUUGGGUAUACUGGAGAGCGAGCUUAUGGCUGCCGCUGCCGCUCCAUCCUUUUAG